AUGAAGAUAGAAAAGUACAAGAAAAGGGCAGUGAAGAAAGCAAUUCUUAUAAGCUCCUCAGAAUCUGAUGGAGAGGGUCACUCUGAUAAGAAAAUUCAUAGAAAGCUUGGUAGGAAAAAUAAGAAGAAAAAUAUAAAAAAAAGACAACUUCCAUCAGACACUGAAGAGGAUGAUUGUUUUUGUCUAGUGUGCACUGAGUCCUAUUCAGACAGUCUUCCAGGAGAAGAAUGGAUACAGUGCUCCAGUUGCCGAGCAUGGGCUCACAUCAAUUGCACUUCUGGUGUCAAUACUGUGUAUAACGUUCCACAAACUGAAAACGACUGGAUUGCUAUAGCAAAGGAUUUCGAAAAGAGAUGGAAUUUCCCUCAUUGUCUUGGCAGCCUAGAUGGAAAACAUAUCGAUAUAAUUCCUCCCGCAACAGAUGAUAUUACGCCGUAUGUUGACUUAGUCAUAGCUAAGCAUGAAACAGUAAUGUACUGCUCGGCUCCUGCAACCAACGCAAAAGACUACCAGCAAGUGAACGGCAGCGUCGGCACCCUGUCUUUCAGCAGCUUCCGACAGUCUUUCACCACAAAUGUCAAUUACCUAAAACGCAGGUUCAGUUCCGGGGACUUGUCCUCGGAAUGCGACGAUGGACCUACAGAUACUACCGUGGACCCCUAUGUUAAGGGGCCCGUCACGCAGCCCGUUACGUCACAACCGCAGGCCCCGCCUCCUCCUCCACCCCACGGAACUGGAGGUAGUGCCAGCGCUGGAGACCUUUCUCUUAACCUUCGGCAAAGCUCAAAGACGACCUCGGCUCCCUCGUCGCCGGCGAAGAGCAGGGAAAGUUUGUUGCAAAGGGUGCAGUCGCUCACAGGUCAAGCUAAGGAACAGGGAGCAUCCAUUCUAGGAGCUGCUGUUUCAAGUGCUACCAGGGUCACGUCACAGGUCUCAGGAGGUCGCCAUCUCACCCUCCUGGUGGUAGAUGACCAGAACACCGAUUGGAGCAAGUACUUCCGUGGCAGGAAGAUAGUAGACUAUGAUAUACGGGUCGAACAAGCUGAGUUCAAAGAGCUAUCAGUUACUGCUAAUUCAGACACGACCAAUGUUUCGAUGGCAGUACUGAGAGGUGGUACGAGAGUUGGAAGAACGUUCAGACCGGAUUUCCUCUUGGUGAGGCAGAAUUUACGAGACGCCGGAGAGGAUCACAAGAAGGUGUUGUUGGCGCUGAAAUACGGAGGCGUGCCUAGCAUCAACAGCCUCAAUUCCAUAUACAACUUCCAGGACAAACCGUGGGUUUUUGGACAUCUGCUUCAACUCCAGAGAAGAUUGGGUAAAGAAAAUUUCCCUCUCAUAGAACAAACGUUUUAUCCUGAUCAUCACGAAAUGGUGAGUAUUUUAAUUUAUUACUAUUCCUUUACAAGCAUAUUUAAUAUAGCGUAG